ACGCAGCUACUCGGCACUGAUUGUAUGGUAUGCUUUGAGUUAUGCGGUUUCUUUCCAUAUAAAAUGUCGGUGUAUGUGCGUGCGUGCAAAAGUGGGUGUAUGUGCGUGCGUGCUCAUCACACCUGAUUUCGUUUGUUGCCUGAAAAGCAAGUCGAAACAAAGUGAUUUGUGAUAAAAUUGUGUUGAUAGUGGAGAAGGGCUGUGUACUGCAGAUCAGAAAGAGGGCGUCUAGAGAGCGAGGCAUUUUUUGGGCGAGACCGUCUGUUGCUUUUAGCAACCGCACGCUACUGCGUUCUGCAGCCCACAGACACACACACACACACCGACAGGAAGCAGCCUAGCUGUCCGCCAGCCGCGCUGGAGGUUGCUUUCGUAACCACGGAGACGAACGCAGCAGCGGGCUGGUUGCUACGGAGACAGCAGCAGGUGAAGGCAUCAUAAACAGGAAGUGGAUCGAGGCCGGGGCCCGCGCCUGGCUGUUUGAAAGGGGCGGUGUCUGUCUCCCAGACACGGAGAACGAGGUCGUCGGCCGGUUUAGUGAAGCGCGCUGCCAGGAAACACCAGUAGUCAAAUCUGACUGACUGCCUGGCUUCCCCCCUCCAACCGUUCUUAAAACUGAGAAUUUAUAAAUAUCUGAUGAGGGGAGAGCUUGGAGGAGGGGUGGUAUUGGAGUCAACAAAGAGAAGCUGCGCCCUCGGAACAGGCAACGCGGGCUUUUGCGGUGGAGCAGAUUGAUCCACCCGUGACUGGAACUGAUGACCUGGGCUUUCGUUUCUGGGGACUGCUCUGAGUGUAAAACAGCCUGACUUGGACUGUCCCCGAAGACCUCCCUUACAAUUUAUCUGCUUCGGAUCCACUUUUUAAUUCCUCUCUGCUGGAAUCCCGGGUCACCGCGUCGACCCGAGCGCCAUGCCCAUCCUGAAGCAGCUAGUAGCGGGGACAUCCCAGGCGAAGCAGCGGCGCUCCCGCAUGGAUCUGACCCGGGAGAUGAUCAGCGCCCCGCUGGGGGACUUCCGCCACACCAUGCACGUGGGCCGCAGCGGCGACGCCUUUGGGGACACCUCAUUCCUCUCCACGCGCUCCGGGGAGGCCCCGUGCCAGGCCGACGCCCAGCCCCGCUCCCCCCGCCCGGGCCUUUUGGCCAGAACCUUCCGCAGCAGCAAGCGCUCCCAGUCGGUCAACCGGGUAGACCAGAGAGAUGGCUCGCUGACGGCUCCCGGCAGCUCGCCCACCUUCGUCAAGAACGCCAUGUCUUUGCCCUUCCUCAACGACGAGAACGGCGAGCGCGACGGUCGCCGGGUUCCUAAAAGCCUCUCGUCCAGUCCUCUCAAGCAGCCCCACGAGCAGGACGGAGGCGGCAGGCCCUCCAACGGGGCUGGAGCCCACUGCCUGGAGCUGGAGGAAAGGAGUUUUGGGGAGCUGACUGACCUGCCUAGCCCCAGCCGCGGCUACUACGGCGGGGGGAUGAAGCACGCCGAGUCGGUCAUGUCCUUCCACAUUGACCUCGGGCCCUCCAUGUUGGGGGAGGUCCUGGACGUCAUGCAGAAGGAGGACGACGACCUGGGCUUUGAGGAGGGGAAGAGCAGCGAGGGACGGGCCUCCCCCACACUGCUCAUCGGGAGGGAGGUGGGAGAAGGGGACGAAGAAGGGGCGGAGGCGGAAGAGGAGGUGGGAGAAGACAACGAGGCGGAACCUGAGUUGCUGCGGCUACAGGAAGAUGAGUUCCCGGUUUCCGCGCGUCCAGCCGGCUCCGUCGACCACGAGGACGGGGAGGCGGAGGAUGAGGGGGCCCCCUACACGCCAGAGUACACGCCAGAGCCCUGCCCUAAACACCUGAGGCACCAAUUAGACAACUGCUCCGUGGCCAGCUCUGGCGCUGGCUCCGCCCACAUAGAGCAGGAGAUGGCAAUUGGCCAGCACCACAGUGGGGACACGGACAGCGCCACCUUCAGCGCGCCGCCAGAGGAGGAAGACGAAGGGGAGAAGUUCUCUUCCUUCUUGGAAGACGAGGACGACGAGAUCCGCGUAUGAGACUUCGUAUCAUCAGAAGGCGGACAGACUCGACCGGACUCUACAGACACUGUAGGACCUCGACUAUAUAAAGAAACCUUUUAAAACCAACAGAGAUCUCCAAGGCAUAAGGACUAUGGUACCGGCCGAUUCCUGGAAUAAGAAUGACCUGUAGAAAAAUGACCUAAAACUCAUGAAGACAGUUAACAGGUGAAUACAGAUUAUGGGGAGGGAGUACGGUAGCAGUUUCCCUGACUAAACCAAAUUAUUUUUCUCUACUGCUACUGCCCUUUGUCCGUCCUUCCUGUGGAAAUAUACCUGGACUGUUAGUUGAUGGAUCGGGUCUUCUAUCCCUGUAGAAUCUGGACUAUGAGGGCUGUGGUUUGUAAUCUUAAGGAUGAACGAUAGUUAGUCUGAUCUGCAGGGAGAAGGCCAAGCAUACUAAACUAGAGACAAAGAGAAUUUAGGGAGACUGAGAGCAUGAAAGAUGUCUCCUUUUGGAUGAAUGCAACCAUCUGUAGUGAAAGAGAGAAAUGCAUUACACCAACCCAGUGUCUUUCUACUUCGAACACAGUUUACUGGCAUGGAGGAGCAGUCAAAGUAUAGAAACUAAGAGGAUGUUUUAUGGAUAAAAAACAAAUAAAACACUUGCAUUUCUUAACUAAGCCUUUGUCAAGUACUACUAUACUAAAUAAUCAGUUUUUCUUCAUAUACGUGAUAUGUGCCAUUUUCUAUUAAGUGUCUCUGGUUCUGUCCUCGUCUCUGGUGGUUUUGGGACGGUGCUUGUGUAAUGGAGCUGUCUGGCCAGAACAGAGAGCCACUGUCACCAUCGUGGUUGGUGACCUAUCUGCCUCACUGUCACAAUAAAAGGCUUGUGUACUUUAUAUCGCAACCAACAGCUGUGACAAGGCUCCGUCGGUGUCUGCGCUAGAGCCUCCCAGCGCUGUAUAAAGAGAGCGGCAUUAACCGUCAACAUACCACCAACAACGGUGCCCUUUGUCGCUACGAACGCAUUUACCCGCAAGUCACCUGUUUGUAUUUCGGUGUUUGUGCCUCGACCUUGCAAUUUCCUGUAAUAAAGUGGAUUGUGUAACCGAGGCCAAAGGAUGACUUCCUGUGUUUACACAACUUUAAAGAGUUUAGAGUGUCUCGGCCCCAAGCUGUCCAUCAACUGAAAUUAGUCGGGUUGUAAAACUGAAAGAGAUGCGUAAGAAUAGGACCUGUGUGUUGGUGCUUUGGCCCAUUGUGGUUCAGGCAGGAUGGGAAAGGAGAGAAGUGUUUUACCUCGAACUGAAGGGAGCGCUCAUAAGGGAGAAGGCCUGCCACUGACAACCUCCUGCAGCGAAUUAAACCUCCUCCCUUGUUUUGUUUUUCUCUCCCAUCACCAGUAACUGCGAAUUACGCCGGCCGAUUUUGUGAUUCUUGCAAAUUCUGUCAAACCUGCAAGAGUGACUGAUAAUGAAGCUAACCACUUCCUUCCUUCCUGACUUAGAGUUUCAAACUGUUCACUAAUGCAGCUGUUGCUGACGUGACUCCAGUAACCAUAACUGCCCUCACCAGGACAGUCAAGACCGUGUCACUCUCACAAGAGAUAACGUGUAGGCAACGGAGAGGUCAGAAAUCUCAGUAGAAUUAACGUGAUUCCACAAUAUAUUUGUUUGACUGUGACACAACUGCUUGUGUCCGCUUCCGCUACUCUGUGUUGUUGAAUCAGCUGGCUUGGCUUAACCAGACACUAACUUUGUUGUGGUUGUUAACAUGUUUGAUGCUUUGGAUCUCAGACACAGAAUGUGUAAUCAAAUAUCUAAUUACACAAAAUAAGUUUUGGUAAAAGGCUUAUAUACAUGUUUGUUUUCUGGGAGGCGUUGUUCAGAAAAGGUCCAGAUGUAUUUGUGCUAAUAUUCAUUAAGAUGUUUUUUUUAACAAUGUUUUUGACUGUUACUUCACUGAGUACCUAUUAUUUUGGGUAUAUUUGUCAUGUUAUUUAAUAUUGGGGUUUGUAAUGGAAACGAUUGUCUAAAAAAGCAGAUUGCAUCACAGAUGGAACUAUGCAUGUUCAUUUUAGUGCACUAUUUGAACACAGACCAUCGACCAGGACCUUUUUAAUGCAAAGACGGUGCCAUUUGGAAUGCAAACUUUGUCAGAAAUCAGCCUUUCUUUUUUCCUGAUUACUUAUGUGUCUGAGGGCUCAAAUCAGCAUAUGUCUGUUAAAUCACCUUUUCCUUUGGUUAGGGGCAUCAAUGCCACUUUGAUGCCAGCUCUGUGUAAAAUGUUUGUUAUUAAAGUCUCCCUUGCUGAUUUUCAAUUGAGAGAGACCAAAAUAAAUUGAUUUACCACUUGUAAAACACUAACUUUGGCUUCAGUCUUUUUCUAUAUCCUGAAUGUUUGUGAUAAAGCAUUGUAUUGCCCUUCUCAUAUCUUUGUGUAAGAUGAUGUAUAUUUACAUGCUCUCUUUGCUCUCCAAAAUAACUGCUAUAUUUUUCAAUAAACAAAAAGCUGGACAUCUUAACCUGUUUUA